GCUCCAGCGCCUGUUCCAGCGGUCACCAUUUCAGCCGCGUUCUCCUAGUCCUGGCGCCGUCUUCCGUCGUGCUGCCUUGCCAGGUGAAAAAACCGCUUUGGAGUUUCGUGGUACCAUCGUCUCCUUCCACGAACACGCUGUCCUGAGGACACCUCACUGUCCCGUUGUACAAGAUUUCCAUCUCCUUUUCCCCAGGGCACAGACCUCUUCUGUUUCCCUGUCUAGCCAGUUCUGAGUUUGUGCAGGGUUAGAGUGACUUCCCGAACAUCUCUGAGGAAGCCCUCCGUAGAGCUCUUCAGGUCAGGCACCUUGCUCGACACCGUUUCCUUGUUCUUUGGCAACAGAAGAAAACAAGAUGGUUUUACCCGCUCCAUCAGUAUAGACACAUGCAAACAUAGUUUGCUUAAGGUUCAUCAGUAGAUGAACAAACUUAAUCCUAUCAAAAGGAUCAAGCUGCUUCUUUGAAGUAUUGAACCCUUAAAUAGCAACGUGUUCCAUUCGAGGGAGGUGGAGCAAAAUUUUGGGCAAACGUAGAAAACGACAGCUAAGCAAAGUUCUAAUGGCCCGGUGAAGAAGUCUAUGCGGGAGAAGGCUGUGGAACGCAGGAACAUUAAUAAGGAGCACAACAGUAACUUUAAAGCAGGAUACAUUCCAAUUGAUGAAGACCGUCUCCAUAAGACAGGGUUACGUGGCAGGAAAGGCAACUUGGCCAUUUGUGUGAUUGUUCUUCUCUUUAUUUUGGCUGUCAUCAAUCUGAUUAUUACACUAGUCAUCUGGGCAGUAAUUCGAAUUGGUCCCAAUGGCUGUGACAGUAUGGAGUUCCACGAGAGUGGCUUGUUGCGGUUUAAGCAAGUUUCUGACAUGGGUGUUAUACAUCCAUUAUAUAAAAGCACGGUAGGAGGCAGACGUAAUGAAGAUUUGGUGAUCACUGGAAAUAAUCAGCCUAUUGUAUUUCAGCAAGGAACAACCAAGCUUAGUGUGGAAAAAGACAAAACUUCUAUUACCAGCGAUAUUGGCAUGGAAUUUGUUGACCCACGGACACAGAAUACCUUGUUCAGUACAGACUAUGAAACUCAUGAGUUUCAUCUGCCAAAUGGAGUUAAAAUAUUGAAUGUACAAAAGGCCUCUACAGAGAGGAUUACCAGCAAUGCAACCAGUGAUCUAAAUAUAAAGGUUGAUGGCCGUGCUAUUGUCCGUGGAAAUGAAGGUGUUUUCAUCACAGGCAAGACCAUUGAGUUUCGAAUGGGGGGGAACAUGGAACUUAAAGCAGAAAACAGCAUUAUCCUGAACGGAACUGUGAUGGUCAGCCCAUCGCGACUGCCAAGCUCUUCCUACGGGGAGCAGUUUAGUAACGGGAACUGGCUGCGUUUCAAGCUCUGUAUGUGUGCGGAUGGGACGCUGUUCAAGGUUCAGGUGACAGGUUAUAAUAUAGGUUGUCAGACUUCUGUCAAUCCAUGUGCAGCCACACACUAAAACAGAAACCACUGCUAGGGGAGUUCUCUUUUGUGCUUAUAUAUAUUUGUAUGAAGUAACUGCAUGCCUUCAAGGAUUUCUGUUUCUACAGCAGUUUAUACUAACAUUUAUUACAUAUUUUUAAGCAAAGGCUGUUAGAGUCAGCAGUAUUAUGUCAUCAUCCUGUUAGCUGUAACAGCGGCACUGAUUUAGUAAGCUUUCAGUCUACAUGCAUACUGAAGUACCUUCCUGAAUUGGGAUCAGUAGAAUAAAGAAUGUGAUCUUAGCAACCAUCUUGACUGCCUUCAGUUGCCAAUAGAGGAGGGUUUUGUCCUGCAUCCCAAGACCUUAAAGGCUGCUGAGAACACAACUGCAAUCUGAAGUACUUCAACAGGAACGUCAAUUUGUUGUUGGAAGUGGUUUUGCCUAGGAUGGCUGAAGUGGCUGAUUUUUGUCUUCAUUUCUUGCCAAAGGUUGAUAUAAUGAUUUUCCCAAAAAUUACGUGGUAUACCAUAUGUUUCCUAAGAGAGGGGUAAUGGCAGAUUCACUUUAAAAUAUUGCAUUAUUUCUGCCAUAUAUUCUCAUGUAGUUAGAAAAGCCAUUGUACUAGCGUAAGUAAUUUUGCAAAGUAAUAUGGAGUGUGGAAAUGUAACUUCAAUUUUGAAAUAGUGUUGCCAUUAUUGGAAGUGUCGCUUGAGCUCCCAUUUUAUCUGUGCAGUUUAGGCAUUCUACAGUUGCUUAAUUUAUGUGAAGUAUUUAUAAAACUUGUUUAUAUUAGAAGUACAUUUUUAAAGAUGUACUUACAACUUGCUCACUACCCCAGAAAGGUGUUUUCUUGGGUGCUUUAAUGUGAACCGUGUGUGAAUCCAUUAUUCAACAGGUAAUAAUCUAAAGCAUGACUUGUUGCAGCAGUGUCGAGAUCAGACUUUUUUCCUCAUAAAUGUCAGUACUGAUGCGUUACUGAAACCUCAGAAUUAAAUUCUGAAGUUAAAUUGCUGGCCUGUAAUUCUACAUGGGAUGGUACUGGAUCCUGUGUCAGCAGAGUAAAUACAUGUGUAUUUGAAUUUGUCAACAGUGAAACCGUGUCUAUGGUGAGCUGUAAGGUUUAUCACCUUAUAGAAACUACUAUAGCCUUGUAACUGCUUUUGAAGAGGUAAGGUGUUCGGUACUAAAAAUAGAACAGCUCAUUAUAAUCCUCCUUUCCCCACCCCAUGUAUUUCAUCCAUAUAAAGUAGUUUUGCAGUAGCAUCAAGUAACCUUAAUAAUGGAGGCCACAAAGGUGACUUUGCAAGUAGCUUUUUGACAAGUUUUUUCUAGAUAAGCACACACUUCCUAAAAGCUGUGCUAAUAUUGCACAUUAACUUAAGAAUUGGUUGUUUGUUAGGGGAAGAUAAACUAUCUACCCUUGUUCUGUAGUUCUCAAAAGUACAUAGAAUUCCACAAAAUGCAAAUCAGCUUCUGCAACAAAAAGUUCCUAUCUAAGGUCCCAAUUCCUGUAUUUACUAGAAGCCAGUAAGUCCUCGUGUAGGAUGUGUAUGGGUGGAAUCGAUUCCUAGAGGGGGAUCCUUAGGUCAGGCAGUAUGCCACACAGGAGCUCAGAAGGGUCACAUUUCCCUCGUUGCUCAAAGGCAAAGCCAGGUUUUGAUGUUCCGUAGUUGUUGGGGUUUUGGGGGUUGGACAUCAGUGGAGCUGUUCCAACACAACCAGAAUAAACAAUAAAAUGUAGCAAAAGCCAUUGAAUUACUUAGAUUACGGGAAAGUACUAAUAUUUUGCAUACUACCUUCAUGAACUUCCUAGUUAUAGUAGAGCUAAUGUGUAUUAACCACUCCAACACACAUUUUGCUGAAAACAUGCACACAUCUUUGCUGCUAAGUAGCGCCUCAAUUAGUAUCUGUUACAGUUAAGAGGAGGACACUCAUGCUAAUGGCAGUUUGUCACUUCAUUUUUAUAUAUAUCUGUGUAUAUAUAUAUACACACACAUAAAAAUAUAAGGAGCAGUAUCCUCAAAGCUGAAAUAGACUGAAAAUGACAGAUACUGCCUUGGUCAAGUGGACUACAGGCGAAGAGCAUAUUGAGGCUCUUCUCUGGUUAAUACUGGCAUGCCUGUAUGCUAGUAUUGGAUUCUUGAUAUUCUCAAGAGUUCUUUUUAAAACACUGUAUGCAACAUAGCUGAAAGAUUUGUCACAAAGGUACUCUUAAAUCAUGGUCUGGAGGAUUGGUUUUGAAGCGUGGACUUCUUGUCAAAAUGUAGCAAACCAAUCAUACUAAAAUAAACGAUCAAUUUGUUAGCCACUAUUUAUAUAUUGCUAAGAUAAUCUUGUUGCCUUUAGUAAAGAGUUUGAGAAAUGUUGGCACCACGCAUGCCUUGUGUGGUGCAUGUAUUUGUUGUUUAUCUUCUAACAGCCUAAGGUACAUUUUUCUAUGCAUAUUUAACAUUGUGUGGCACAUUAUUUAUUUCAGUCCCACGGAUGCACUUAAGAUUCUGUGUGUUUAAAGUACAUUCUGUAUGCCUCUGUAAAAUACCGUACUGGGCACAUUGAAACAACACAGAUGUGAAGAGUUCUCGGCCUGUGUAAAGGUGGGGGUUGUUUCAAUAGGUGAAAUACAAUUGAAUUUCUAGUCUUUGUUUUGAAAUGAAACAAUAAAUUCUAAGAUGCA